AUGGCAACUCUUCGUUCAACUCAUCCUUUAAUUAAAAUUAUAAACAAUGCCCUUGUCGAUUUACCAGCACCCGCGAAUAUUUCAGCUUGGUGAAAUUUUGGCUCUCUUUUAGGAUUAUGCUUAGCUACUCAAAUUUUAACAGGGUUGUUUUUAGCUAUACACUACACCCCUCACGUAGAUUUAGCAUUCUCAAGAGUUAUUCAUAUUAUUCGAGAUGUUAAUUAUGGAUGACUUCUACGUACCAUCCAUGCAAAUGGAGCUUCUUUUUUUUUCAUUUGUCUGUACCUUCACGUAGGUCGAGGUAUAUUUUAUGGGUCUUAUUUAUAUAUUUUCACCUGGUUUUCCGGGAUUGCUCUAUUAUUACUAACUAUAGGAGCAGCAUUUAUAGGAUACGUAUUGCCAUGAGGACAAAUAUCUUUCUGAGGGGCAACAGUAAUUACUAAUCUCCUCUCAGCAGUUCCGUAUGUUGGAGAUAUGGUAGUACAAUGAGUAUGAGGGGGAUUCGCUGUAGAUAAUGCAACUCUAAAUCGAUUUUUCACAUUCCAUUUUCUGAUUCCUUUUAUUAUUGCAGCUGUAGUAAUAAUUCAUCUACUUUUCCUUCAUCAAACUGGUUCAAAUAAUCCUCUAGGAUUAAACAGAGAGAGUGAUAAAAUUCCUUUUCACCCUUAUUUUACAAUUAAAGAUUUAGUAGGAUUUCUAAUUAUAUUAAGUAUUUUAGUUCUUUUAACUCUUCUUAACCCCAAUCUUUUAGGAGAUCCAGAAAAUUUUAACCCCGCCAACCCUCUAGUUACUCCUGUGCAUAUUCAACCUGAGUGGUAUUUCUUAUUUGCAUACGCCAUUCUUCGUUCGAUUCCUAAUAAAUUAGGAGGGGUUAUUGCUUUACUUAUAUCUAUUUUAAUUCUAGCAAUCUUACCAUUGUGACAUAAGAGUAAUUUUCGUGGUCUAAGAUUUUAUCCUCUAAACAAGUUUCUAUUUUGAACAAUAGUAGGUACUGUGUUCAUUUUAACAUGAAUUGGGGCUAAACCUGUUGAAGAUCCUUAUGUAUUUAUUGGACAACUAUUUACGGUUAUUUAUUUUAGCUAUUUUAUUUUAGCCCCUUUAACAUUAAAAAUGUGGGACUUCCUUAUCAAAUAG